AGGAUUCCAUCACUCUUAGCGAACGGCCGCUUUGGCGUUGCCACGGUAACGCUGUCCAAUGCGCCGGGCUGCAGCUCGCCCUCUUUUUUUCUCUCUCUCCAUCCAUCCUCACCACUGCUGGUUGGGCUUCCUGCCCGCGUUGCCACGGCGAUCCACUCCGGGACCACCCGUCGGAUCGUAGGCAAGUCGGCAGUUUCGGUACCCGCGCGCCGCCUCCGCUCACUUCUUCUCCCGUCCGUGGCUCGGAGGAGACAUUGCCGCCGCAGCUCCGGAACUCCAUGAACUUCCCGCUCCGCUUUCUCCGACGUCGCAGCGUGACGGACGCCAAAGCGCCUCCGCCCGCAUGAACGCCCGGGAGGAGGAACGGAUGAAAGUUGAGGAGGAGGCGGAGGUCGAGGAGCCAGAAGAAGAGGAGGGCGCGCCAGACGUGAAGACGGACGCGCAACAGGAGGAGGCUGUGAGCAUGGAGCGAGAGGAUCCAAGUGAGGAGGAAGAGGAGGAGGUGCAGCAAGAAGAAGAAGAGGAGAUACCGCAGGAGGAGGAGGACCACGCUGUGGCGCAGGAAGAACGGCGACAAAUGGACGAGCUGCUGCAGGAGGAGGCGCGGGAGGAGGAACACGACCACAACAGUCAGGUUCUGCUUCGCCUCCGAGGAAUGCAGAAAUACAAAAGGACUUCACAAAGACUGAAAGCGGCCAUGGAGCAAAUGGACCGUGGCGUGGUUGACGUCCGCCAGCUGCGCGCCAACCUGCAGUUGGCGGCCGCCAUGUUGGACGCCGUCUACACCGACGAGACCAAGCGGCUGCUGGACCCCGAGGACGAGCUGAGCGAGCUGCGGGCAGAGUCCGUGCCCCGGGAGGUCCGCGAUUGGCUGGCCUGCACCUUCAGCCGCAAGAUGGGCGUGGCCAAGCGCCGCCCCGAGGAGAAGCCGCGCUUCCGGAGCAUCGUCCACGCCGUGCAGGCCGGCAUUUUCGUCGAGAGGAUGUAUAGACGGACGUCCAACAUGGCCGGCCUGACGUACCCCCCGGCGGCAAACGCGGCACUCAAGAACGUGGACCAGUGGUCCUUCGACGUCUUUUUGCUUCACGAGGGCACGGGCGAGCACGCCCUCAAGUUCCUGGUGUACGAGCUCCUCACGCGCUACGACCUCAUCAACAGGUUCAGGAUUCCGGUGCCGGCGCUGGUCCAGUUCGUGGAGGCUCUGGAGAGCGGCUACAGCAAACACAAGAAUCCUUACCACAACCUGAUCCACGCCGCCGACGUGACGCAGACGGCGCACUUUCUCAUGCUGCACACGGGAACCAUGCACUGGCUGAACGAACUGGAGAUCCUGGCCAUGGUGUUGGCGGCGGCCAUUCACGACUUUGAGCACACGGGGACCACCAACAACUUCCACAUCCACACCAGGUCAGAGGUGGCCAUCUUGUACAACGACCGGUCGGUGCUGGAGAACCACCACGUGAGCGCCGCCUACAAGCUGCUGGCGGACGACGACACCAACAUCCUGAUCAACCUCAACAAGGACGACUGGAGGGAGCUGCGCGCGCUGGUGAUCGAGAUGGUGAUGUCCACGGACAUGUCGUGUCACUUCCAGCAGAUCAAGAGCAUGAGGAACAUCCCGGCGCAGCCGCACAGCGUGGACAAGGUCAAGCUUCUUUCUCUGAUGCUGCACGCCGCCGACAUCAGCCACCCGGCCAAAAGCUGGCAGCUGCACUACCGCUGGACGCACAGUCUCAUGGAGGAGUUCUUCAGACAGGGGGACAAAGAAGCCGACCUGGGUCUACCUUUUUCUCCUCUGUGCGACCGCAAAGCCACCGUCAUCGCGCAGUCGCAGAUCGGUUUCAUCGACUUUAUCGUGGAGCCCACGUUCAGCGUCCUGGUGGACGUGGCGGAGAAAGUGAUGGCUCCCCUGGUGGAGGAGGAGAGGAAAGGGCGCGAGGCGGGCGACCGCCGCCGCGGCAGCCUGACGGGUAGCGGCUCGGUCACCGUGGAGUCGGUCCAGAGGCGCGGCGACCGCGGGCGGAGCGACUUUUCCCUGGCCGCCGUCGACCUGCCCGCGCUCAGGAAGCACCUGAGUGACGUCAUUACGCGCAACAAGGACAGGUGGAAGGAGCUCUCUGUGGACGAAUUGACCAAUAGGGAGCAAGAAGACCCGGAGGAGGAGGAGUCAAAGAGCAAAAGUCGUAGGGCCGACCAAUCACAGGGCUCGCCCGAUGACGACCGAGAGUCACCUGACAUCCAGACGGAAGAAGACCAUUCCAGAUGGAACGGGGCGGGGCCAGGAGAGGGGGAAGAAGAGGACCAGGAAGUGCCUGAAAACGCCUAGCGUUGUGAACUGUCGCCGUGGCGACCCAUCGCAAGGGCGCUUUUGGGGAAUUCUUCCUUCCCGUCGACCUCGAACGCGACGCCUCGUCCGACUGACAUUUAGCUUAGCACCCAUCGGACGGCCAGCGGGGUUUCGGACACGCGGAGUUGUCGUCGGAUCUCUGUCGCUCGUCCCGUCGCCACGGCAACCAAAACACCGACAUAGAGAGCGGUCUGUGUGCGUGCGCGCGUGUAUGUUGUUUACGUUUUGUCUUCAAAUUGAAAUAAACAUUCUCAAGUGACUUUAGUGUCGUUUUAUCCGGAC